UUAUUGGGACCAUGGGCCACAAUCGAACUUUCCUCUUUUUCUAACAACAUCUCAAAUGAAUAGUUCCAAGCGGACGCCAUCUUCAGAUCCAAAGUCACGACGGGUCAAUGCUUGUAGACUCUGGCCAUCCGAAUGAUCAACGGCCUAUGACCGCCGAACAAGAGUAUUAACGGGAACACACAAAGUUGAUUCCAGACCGCGGAGCGCAAUGUGCUGGUGAGAAAAUGCUGCCCACACCAUCGACAUCCCACGUCUCCUACGACACAAUCUACGAGCCUGCCGAAGACUCGUUCUUGUUUCUGGAUACACUUUCAUCGCCCUCAGAAACGGCAUGGCUACAAUCACGCCUUCACAGAGGACAAACACCACUGCUCGUCGAACUUGGCCCAGGGUCUGGCGUUAUAAUCGCUUUCCUGACCGCUCACGCUCGCACGAUUUUUGGCACCGACAUUCUCAGUCUGAGCGUCGAUGUCAACGCCCAGGCAUGCCUUGCUACCCGCACAACCGUGCAGAAGGCACUUGACGAAAUCAAACAAGCCAGCACCAGUAGUAGCACUGGAAGCAGUGCCUAUCUAUCUUCCUUGAAUGGUGACUUGACGACGCCGCUAAGGUCUGGUGAGGUGGAUGUCCUGGUAUUCAAUCCGCCGUACGUGCCAACAGACAGUGUGCCUGCGUUUCUUUCCACCGGCCCGACCAGUGGAAAGAUCACGUUCGAGGAGUCCUCGCAUCUGCUCUCGCUGUCAUAUGCUGGAGGGGCUGACGGCAUGGAAGUCACGAAUCGGCUACUACAGGAGAUUCCUACCAUUCUCAGCCAGCGCGGAGUGGCGUACGUGCUUUUCUGUCGAGGCAAUAAGCCCGAAGAAAUCAAGGCUUGGAUCAAUGGUUGGGAAGCCACCGAGAAUUGGAGCUGGCGCGCAGAAACAGUCGGAACGAGUGGAAAGACGGCUGGUUGGGAGAAGCUGGAAAUUGUUCGAAUCUGGAGAGAAGAGAGAACCUGAGGAAAGUCAAGUCGAAUCAACCGGACGACAUGCGGUACGAAACCAUCACAGGCAGGUCAACAUAAUCACGCGGAAGAAAGCUUAUUGGUCGACCGCGCUUGUUGCAUAUCGUCUAU